AUGUUCCGGCAAGAACGAGAAACGAACCCUCACUUCCUUCCUCGCCACACUAACAAUGACCCCGUCAUCGACUUCUCCCGACAACGAACACCGCCACCUCAUCGUCCAAGGCCUCCGCCACCUCAGCACCACCACAGCCCUACCUCAAUUGCCCCAAGGCCUCCGCCACCUCAGCACCCACCAAAACCACUUUCCCCUACAUUCCUGAGGGGCCCCACUUCACGACCCACGAGACCCAUGGCCUGGCUAGUGGCCGCAUUAUGCGCACUCUUCUGGAUGAUAGUCAUAGUCGCUGGUUUAAUCAUCCUCAUAGUCUACCUUGUCUUCCAACCAAAGCUCCCCAGAUUCGACCUCUCGGCCGCCACAUUGAACUCCGCCUAUCUCGACCUCGGAUAUUUGCUCAAUGCCGACAUCACAUUGCUAGCAAACUUCACCAACCCAAACACCAAAGUCGACGUCGAUUUCACCUACAUUGUCUUGGAUGUUUAUUACGAGAAGAAUAUUAUUGUGACGCGUUACGUGAGCCCGUUUUCGGUGAGGAAAAGGGAGUCUCGGUUUGCGGAUGUUCACAUGGUGGCUAGCCAGGUGAAGCUGUCAACUUUGCUUAGUUUGGAGCUUCAGAGGCAGAUGGAGAAUGGGAGAGUGAGAUUUGAAGUGAAAGUAGAGUAUAAAGGGAAUGAGGCAUAG